AUGACAGUACCAAGUGAAGAGGAGCAUUCAGCCACUCGUGAGCCCUGCAGGUGCAUGUGCAUUUGCGUUUGCAUUGGCGAGGAAGCUGCGCCACGAUCCACCUGCCACCAGCUGAACGUGUCUAACUUAGUUCCAUUCAGUCCAACACGCACUGCUCCGACAGCUCAUAAGAUCUCACGACUCUCGCCUCCUGCAGCGACAACACCACAUCUUCCUUCUUCCUCUUCACACCCACUCGCGAUUUAUCACAACCCGCGAGCGACCACCGAAACAAAGUCACCAGCAUGGGAUUGGCAAGCAAAUUGGCCGCAGCUCAAGGCGGAGCACAAGCUGUGUCCAACUUCACCUCGGGCGCUGCCCCAGGAGGAUACCCCGGGCAGGCGCCACCGCAAGGCCAGCAGCAAUACUCCGCUUAUCGCCCUGUGAGUCUUUCUUUUCUUCCACUCUAAACUACCUCGACAUCCCACUAUCGCCCAUCCUACCCCUCACUCUUGACAUGCCACUUGCGUCGCGACUCGCUGCUGGAGGCGCGGGACUGCAGCCUGGCGCUAUGCCCAGUGCGCUGCAGCCGGCGGGAGGCUACCAACAACAACCUCAACAACCGUACGGGCAGCAGCAACAGCAACCCUAUGGCCAGCAGCCCUACCCUCCACAGCAGCAGCAGCAGUAUGGGUCGCCGGCGCCGCCUCCGGGCGGGCAAUACGCGAGGCCCCCGCCUCCUCCGCCUGGUAGACCUGGGCAGACAGCGAGCCCAUAUCCAGGCGCCGCACCCUCGCCCUAUGGCCAGCCCGCGCAGCCCAAUUCGCCCUAUCAACAGCAGCAACCCUAUCAGCAGCCUCCUCAGCAAUUCGGCUAUGUUCGUUACUUCAUAUGCUUCCAGGAAAAUUUGCGACUCGAGCUAGACUAACAUGUGAUUGAAGCAGGGUGGCCCUCCCGGCGGACCUCCUCCACCGCAACAAGGCUACGGCCAGCCUCCGCAGGGCCAGUACGGUGCGCCUCCACCAGGCCAGCAGCAGUAUGGCGCCCCUCAAUCCGGUCCCGGCGACGUCGCACAAUACCAGCGCCAGCUAGAACAGGCUAUUCAAGAGAAGAACUUGCACAGAUUCUAUGGCCCCGGAACACCGGGAGCGCAGAAGCUGCCACAAAUUGCUGCUCGCGCGGCGCAGUGCGUUGAUCGUCUUUGCCAAGCGUGGCGCAUUCAGAAAGAGAUUGCAAAUGAUAUUGUCCGACUUGCGCUCUACGAUGUCGUAGUCUACGUCGAUGACUCUGGUUCGAUGUCCUUCGAGGAGAACGGCGAGCGAAUCAAGGAUCUGCAGCUUAUUCUGCAGCGAGCCUGCUUCGCCGCGACACUGUUCGAUGAUGACGGAAUCGAUCUCCGCUUCAUGAACGAGGACUUGCCGAUGCAGAACGUGUCGCACAUUCAAAGCGAACAGCAGGUCGAGCAGAUCCUUGCGCAAAAGCGCUACAAGGGUCUCACUCCAUUCGGAACCGAGCUGCGCAAGAAGGUCAUUGAUCCAAUUCUCAUCCAGAAGUUGAACAGCGGACAGAUGCAGAAGCCACUUCUCAUCAUUAGUAUCACCGAUGGCCAGCCAGCUGGCGAAAAUCAGAACACUUUGAUCGAGACAGUACAGUAUGCUGUCCAAGCCGCUCAGCGAUCGCAAUACGGUCCCGGUGCUGUGGCAUUCCAGUUCGCUCAAGUCGGAAACGAUCAAAAGGCGACUGAGUUCUUGGCCAAGCUCGAUAACGACCCAAUGGUCGGAAGAGAAGUUGAUUGCACAUCCAACUACGAGAAUGAGUCUGCGGAGAUGGCACGAGCAGUCCCACCAGUUGACUUGACACCCGAUCUUUGGAUGAUCAAGCUCAUCCUUGGUGCAAUCGACCCAAGCUAUGACACCAAGGACGAGAAGUCACAUAUGGCACCAGGCGCAGGUGUUCCACCACCAGGACAGUACGGACAGCAACAAUACGGUGCCCCUCCGCCACAACAGUACGGUGCGCCGCCGCCGAACCAGUAUGGCGCGCCACCGCCAAACCAGUACGGUGCUCCACCGCCGGGACAGCAGCAGUACGGACAGCAGCAACAGAGACCUCCACAGGGAUACCCAGGACAGCAGCAGUAUGGCGCCCCACCACCAGGACCACCUCGGUACUAGACGUUCUGAGUGCACGACGGAUCAACCAAAAUAGCGUGUUUCCUUGAACUUUUGGAAUGAAAUGAUGGUACUCUGAGAAAUUGAGGAAUAGGCAUGACGACCGGAAUCAUAUGAAGCAUGGAACAGCAUCCAUUAGCAUAGCUCCAGCAAAAUGAGAAAGAAGAAAUGACCAAAGAAAUUCACGAC